UCUGGGGAUGUGAGUGCAGCUUUUCUCUUAUUGGAUUCUCUCCCUUUAACUGGGAAGGGCUUAUUCAAAUUAAGAAACAGCUUAUAAAACAACAGGAAAUCUUUUUUUAUGCUGUAGAGUUCCUUAGAGUGAACAGCUUUUUCACAAGGGAAGAGAAGCAUGGCACUGAUGCUAGAGUUGCUUUCUCCAUAGAAGAAACCAGUCUGCACUUGCGGACUGGGAUGCUGAGGCAGAAUAUAAGGACAAGGAGAAUUAAAUAGGAAAACCAACUGAUUGCUGCCAUGUCAGGGAAGCCUGUCCUUUACUAUUUCGAUGGCCGGGGCAGAAUGGAGUCUAUCCGGUGGCUCUUGGCUGCAGCUGGAGUAGAGUUUGAAGAAAAGUUUCUGAAAACUCGGGAUGAUCUGGAAAGGUUAAGAAAUGAUGGGAGUUUGAUGUUCCAACAAGUGCCCAUGGUAGAGAUCGAUGGGAUGAAGCUGGUUCAGUGCAGAGCCAUUCUCAACUACAUCGCCACCAAAUACAACCUCUAUGGCAAAGACAUGAAGGAGAGAGCUAUCAUUGAUAUGUAUACUGAAGGUAUGAUGGAUCUGGAUGAAAUGGUUCUCUAUCAACCUUACCUUCCCAAAGAGGAGAAAGAGGGAAACCUUGCCAAGAUCAAGGACAAGUCAAGGAACCGUUACUUCCCUGCCUAUGAGAAGGUGUUAAAGAGCCAUGGACAA